UGGGCCGGAGAUUUCUGAAGAGCAUUGUCAAUCGAUACUGAUAAUCUGAUAAGAUAUUCUUGAUGAUCGUCACGAGAUUUCUCAGUCGUAAGCAGUGAGUGAAUAGUUAUGGCUCGAAUUGUGUAUUUUGUGGCAUUAAUCUCGCUAAGUGCACACGCACUAGCAGGCGUGCCGUCUCGUCAAGAAGAGCACCAAAUUCGCGUCGGUGACGUCACACUUUCCUUGGAGCCGCAGUUGACCGGCGGAUUUCAAGUCUCCGUUAUCGAUGGAGACGAAACCACAGAGCUGGGCUACAUUGGCCGAACCCUCGUAUCUUCUUUUACAUCUGAGGACGUAGAUGAUGGAGUCUUGGUGACUAUGGGUGCAGCAACGCUUCUCAUCAGUACAGUUUAUGACGAUUCUAAAGAUGCAAGAGGAAUUAAAAUUAAGUGGGAUGCUCCUAGUCGAUUGAGACUGGAAGACUGCAUAGCUUUUGGAUCGAAACACUGGUAUGCUGGACCUAUGCAAGUCAACCAACUGUAUCCAAUUGAACAGGCUCCACAGGUUUACGCCCCGUCUGUCAUUAGGGAAGAUGAUAACGGAGCCAUAAUGGAAAGAUAUUGGCUCAAUUCCGCAGGAGAAUAUGUAUUCGUUCACCCACAAGUACCACUGUUCAUUGAUUACAAUAACCUUUUGGACAAUCACCUUUGUUUCGGAGCUCAAAUAGUCGAACCUUAUUCAUCAAGAAGAAAUCACACAGAACUGUCAUAUGACUUCUGGAUCUUGCCAGACGUAAAACGGGCUCAUAUGCACGCAAUAGAAACUUACUUAGGAAAACCUUCAGGUGUGCCUGAUUUUAGAAUGGUCCAGCACCCAAUAUGGUCAACUUGGGCACAAUUCGGUAAAGAAAUAAAUCAAAGCAGACUUCUCGAAUUUGCUGAAGAAAUUAACAACCGAGGAUUCAAUAAUUCACAAUACGAAAUUGAUGAUGAUUGGGAGACCUGCUAUGGUUCACUUACUGUCAAUGAAGAGAAGUUCCCAGAUUUGGCCACCUUGGUGCAGCAAAUCAAAGCUCUCGGUUACCGUGUGACGCUCUGGACUCAUCCGUUCAUAAAUAAAAACUGUGAACCAUGGUAUUCAGAAGCCUUAAACAAUGAUUAUCUAGUGCUUGACGAAUCUGGCAGUCCGGACACUAAAUGGUGGAAUAGCGACUACGCAUCUGCCGCCCAAAUCGACUUUACCAACCCCGCAGCUGCGGACUGGUGGUACCAAAGAGUGAAGAAUCUUUCAGAUUUGUACGACAUUGAUAGCUUUAAGUUUGAUGCCGGAGAAAGCAGUCACUCCCCUCAGAUAGCAGUACAAAGAGGUGACAUCGACCGACAGCCUCACCAUAUCGUGCAAGCGUAUGUGAGAGAAUGCGCAAAAUUCGGAGACAUGAUCGAAAUCAAAACUGGAUUUAGAACCCAGGACCUCCCAGUUUUCGUGCGCUUGGUUGAUCGCGACUCGAUCUGGGGCCUCAACAAUGGUCUUCCAACAAUUAUCACGGCUACAAUACAAAUGAACCUGAACGGUUAUCCCCUAGUCUUGCCGGACAUGAUCGGUGGAAACGGCUUCAAUUUAGACCACGACCAAGCAGACCUGCCGACCAAGGAGCUGUUCAUACGAUGGGUGCAGGCGAACACCUUCUUACCAGCGAUGCAGUAUUCGUACGUCCCUUGGAACUUUGAUGAUGAGACAGUAGAGAUCAGCAAGAAGUACACAGAUCUCCACGCGCAAUAUGCAGAUUACAUCUACGAAACCAUGCAGGCGUCAGUAGAACACGGUACCCCGGUUAACGCGCCGCUGUGGUGGAUAGACCCUCAAGAUGAAGAGGCGCUGGUCAUAUGGGAUGAAUUCCUCCUCGGCGAAAACGUCCUAGUAGCGCCUGUCUUCGAAGAAGGUGCAUCUUCGAGAGACAUCUACCUGCCCAGAGGCACAUGGUACGAAGAAGGGAAUACGUCAAAAGUUCACGAGGGACCAACAUGGAUCCGCAACUACCCAGCACCCAUAGACGUCCUACCUUACUUCACACGAGAAACUCCAGAGCCCGAACCGGAUUCAUCAAACCUCUUGACGGCUGCUACCACCCUGGUACUUUUAGGAUUACUUGCUAAUAUAAUUUAAUUAAUAUUAGUAUGUCUGUACGUUAUAGUCACAUCGUAGGAAAUUCAUAUUAUUAAACUUCUUUGCAGAAAUCAAUCAAAUGAAGAUGUGUGUCAUAAUAUUUAUUAAAAUGUAUUAGAGUAUUGUAUUUCAUAAAUUCAUACAAAUAUGCUUUUCGGGAUAAGUUCGAGUUCGAUCGAAGAUUCGAGUAGGUAAUAUUUUUUAUAUACUCACCUAAUAUGGAGAAUUGAGUAUAUACAUUACGCAUGAUACGUGGUAUCAAUAAUAUUGUUAUUAUACCUAUUGUUGAUAUUUAUAAUUGUCUGGCUUUCGAUAGAGUUGAAUAUUUUGAUUGUUACCUACUUUAUUUUGAAUAAAUAAUCUAAGUAUAA